CACCUAUUCGAAUUAUGUGACCUACUUCGAUCCUAUCAACCUACUGUAGGUCGUUGGUUUUUGUAUUAUAAUAGUUACUUAUGUAAAAGAUUUAUAGCAAUUGUGAUAAAUCACCAUAAGGUUGAAGUGAAUUCUAUCGGUUAAAAUGGUGACUGCUUAUUACAUGAUGAAAAUGGCCAAGAACAAUACAAACCCUUCAAUUUGCAACUACUAUAAUGAUUUACCGAAUUUAAAAAAAAUCGAUAACUUGCAGACAAGAUGCCGUAUAUGUUUGAAAACUGGGACUUUAUCUAUAUUCGACGAUGAAACUUACAAGAUUUCUGAAGUAUUGCAAUGUUUUACAGACAUAAAAAUUAGGCGAGACGACAAUAUGCCGAAACUACUUUGUGAGACAUGUUACGAUUUCACUAAGGCCGCAUUAUUGUUCAGAAGAACCGCAAAGCGAUCUGAUGAAAUAUUUCAGAAGUUAGUAAAGAAUGAGAAUGUUUCUUAUUCCCACAAUUCUGACCAUGACUGUGAAGAUUCCAGCAACAGUUUUGAACCUAAAGUACCAGAGUAUUGUCAAAAAAAUGAGAGCAAUUUAAAAAUUGAACAGAAAAAAGAGAAACCUGUAAAAGUGACAUGCCAUAUUUGUAGUAAAGUUAUAAAUAGGUCGUACUACAAAGAACAUAUCACUAUGCAUGAUCCAAAUCAUAAGCAAUAUGUUUGUGAUGUGUGCGGCAAGUCAUUUCGCUUGAGAUGUGCAUAUCACAACCACAGCCUUAGGCACAGCGAGGACUUCCCAUUCAAAUGCAACUUCUGCCCAUAUAAAGGGAGAUAUAAAGAGUUAUUGAAAACACACAUGAAAACUCACACUGGUGACUAUAGAUAUAUGUGUACAGAAUGUCCAGCAAGGUUUUUAUUUAAAAGCAAUUUAAAUAGCCACAUGUUAAAGCACAAAGAACCACAGUUUAAAUGUGAUUCUUGUAAAAGGGCAUUCCAUACAAAGUUACUGUUACAACGGCAUUUCGAAGCUGAUCAUUUGGGUAUUAAGAAUCAUGUGUGCAAUGCUUGUGGGAAGGCUUUCGGUUAUAGAAACGCUAUGAUGAAACAUCAGAGACAUGUUCAUAAAAGAGAGAAAUUCUUAUUCGGCCGGAUGCCGGCUUAUUUAGAAGCUGAGAAUAAAAAAGUGGACUCAUAGAUUAAAUGCAGUGUUAAAAGUUUAUUAUGCUUGCUUUUGUUAAAUAUGCUGAAGUUGUUAAUUUAUUGCAAUAGCGAAUUAAUAACUAUUCUGGGAUUUUCCAUGUUAUAAAUAGGUUAAGAUUUAAAGUUUAAAAUGUGAUUAGUCUCAGU